AUAUAUCAGGCCAUCAGCAGUAUUUGUAUAAACAGUGACUCUCCUAUGAAGGUAAAGGCCACCCCCUCCUUCAGUUCCAGGGACUGAGAUACAUUUUUCCAAUCCUGGGGGCAAAUACAGACGCAGCAAGUUCCUUCUUCCCUUUGGAAAUUUGGCAGCUGCCUUCUCCAGCGAGCACAAAGCCACAUUUCAAAGGAGACUGACAAAUUAUCCCCAGCUGCCAGAAGGAGAAAUCCUCACUGGACGGCUUCCUGUUUCCUGUGGUUUGUUACCUGAUUGGCUGCAGGGAUGAAAGUUUUCGAGCUGAUAGUAGGGAUGGUCCUCCUCGCCUCUGUGUUUUCCGUCUGUUCUGGACAAAAUCCAAUGACUGUGCUGUGCUCGAUAGACUGGUUCAUGGUCACAGUACACCCCCUCAUGUUGAACAACGAUGUAUAUGUACACUUUCAUGAGUUGCACUUGGGCCUGGGUUGCCCUGCCACCCAUGUCCAGCCACAUGUCUACCAUUUCACCUACCGUGUUACCGAGUGUGGCAUCAGGGCUAAGGUUGUCUCCCAGGACGUGGUUAUCUAUAGCACUGAAAUGCACUAUGCCUCUAAGGGCACAUCAUCCAAGUAUGUGAUCCCAGUGUCAUGUGUUGCCCCUCAAAAGUCCCCAUGGCUCACCAUGCCCUGCUCCAUGAGAGUAUCCAGCAUGACUGGGACCCCAGCCCAGAAUGAUGAGACAUGCUACAAGGUGUUCAGCUUGUCACCACCCAGCCAAAGGCCCAACUGCGAUUGUCCGCCUUAUGUAUUCAAUGAAGCAGCGUAUCCCCAAGUUCCCCAUCAACAAGCAGAGGCACAAGAGGCCCGUUCUAUGCAGCCAUCUUACUUUGUUGAUAUUUCUGAGGAUUGGUGUCUUCACUCAGAUGAUCUGAUUGGUCCUAUGUGAUCCCCAGGUUUGGGGUUUCCUGAAGAUGCUGUUUCUAGAGUUAGUAAUAUAGUAUUUGCAAAUAUCAGACAAAUAAGAGCUCUUGUGGCCCUUUUAUGAGUGCUUUUGAGAAAGGGAAACCCAACGGCAACUUCAUGAAUAAGGCUUUUUUUAUAUUUUUGUAUUCUUUUCUAAAGAAAAAAAUAAAAUUCUGAUGGCA